AAAUUAGAUCAUUUAAAUAAAAUGAAGCUUACAAAAAAUGAUACCUAAAUGCAUGAAGUAAAUUUAAACUUGAAAGCUUAGGAAUAACAAAUGCUGUAUAAUAAAAAAUAUGCAUUUUUUACAUUGUAAAAUUAUAAAUAUGUCUAAAUUGUUUGUGAAUUACCUAACAUUUUCACUGUUGAAGAUGCUAUAACAUUCACACUUAGUCAAUUCUAAACGGAGAUAGGUAAGUUGAAUAAAAAUAAUGACUUAGGAGAGAACUUUAGAUCAAAAAAAGGAAGUGAUUAUGUAUUAAAAAUUUCAAAAAAGUCUGGGCAGCCCAAAGAUGAUUUGCCAUGUAUGAACUGAAUAUUAUCUUCUUCUAGGUUUAGAUAAUGAAUAAAUUCUGUUCGAAACAGGAAGUCAAACAUUCACUUUAGUGUAUAAAAAUAGUCAAUAAAAUUCUGAAAAUUAACAAUAGCCUUAGACUUCAGUGACUACUACUAUGUGUUCAUAAUAAGAAUCAUAGGAUAUGUCAAUCAAAUCUAGAGCAUCAUAUACAAAUGGGUUAAAUAAAGGAAAAGUAUACUAAUGUUCUUAUUAUUACUUGUAGAAACCUAUCAAAGAAAAUGAUAAGAAGGAAAAGAGCGGAGGGUUUUGCUUUUUCAAUAAGUGCUUUUGA